CGUCGAUGACGAAUUGAAUGUUACUGACGCUUCUUACAGAGACGUCUUGAAAAAGUGUCACGCGAUUUAGAUAAAACUAUAUUUAAGUUUAUUUCAAGUUUAAAGUUUAAUAAAGAAAAAUGGUUUUGGGAGCCGUAUGGGUUUUCAUUAAUACAGUACUUCAUAGAUUGUACAGUACUUCAUUAACACAAUGUUGUACAGUACGUCGAAAGAAAAAAAGUACUGAAGAAGAGACAAAUACAAUUGGGAACGGAGAUAAAAACGAAGAAAAAAAAGAUAAAACGGAUAUUAUCGAGGAUAUUACCGUAUCAAAAAUGAUAAUUAAGAUACAAAUUGUAUCCGAAAAUUCUCAAUCAAAUCAGGAAAUGAACGAGAGCUCAAAGAGCCAACAGGAAAAUUUAGAUAGCACGUACAAGAUUCUGACUGUUUCCGAAGCUUUAUUUAAGAAAUGCGCUGAUGAUAUUUCUCAGAAAGUAGUCAAAGCAAUAGCGGAAUCAACAAGGCUGCAACAGUCCACUGAUUCAACGAAGUACAAUGAUUUGCCAAGCAAAAUUUGUACAGAAAAAGUACAGGAUAAAAAUCCAUCGACGAAAAGAAAUGAACAAUCGUUUGCAAAGUUACGCAAACGCAUUGCAGAAUGUAUGUGUUGUAUUUAAUUUUUUAAUUGUUUGUGUGAUGUAAAAAAUCUAUUAGAAAUUCUUAAAUUUGUAGUGCGAAUUUUAUAAAUAUAACUUGAAAGUUUUAUAAUCAGUGUGAUUGAUUUACUUUUGUAAAAUGUCAAUUUGUUACAACUAAUAAAAGUUUUAAAGA